UGUGUUGAUCUGUAGAAGCGCGGUGGUGACGCACCGUUUGUUGGUCAAGAGAGGCGCGAGCGCAGGUGAGGAGCUGAAACCUGGACCCGGAGCGCCGAGGACUCGCUGACUGACUGACCGACUGAGGUUUCAGAGAACAUCAGCGACAUGAGCAAAUCGAAGACCAAAAGCGACAAUAAGACGGAAAAGGCUUUGGCUGCGGAGAAAGAGCAGUUCGGUAAACAGCAGCUCCACAGCAUCAGCAAAACCGUCACCUCCGCCGAGGUGCCGCCCAAAGAGAAAUAUGUGCGCAACAUCAUCAUGGGGACGCAUAAGGAGACUGGAGCUGCCACCUUCUGGUCCUACGCCCUCAACCUGCCUCUGUCCAGCAACUCCAUGAUCAGCUGGAAGUUCUGCUACCUGCUGCACAAAGUGCUGCGGGACGGACACCGGAACUCUGUCAGAGAUUCUCACCGUCACUGCCGCAACGUCAAGGACAUGGGCGUCCUCUGGGGAAACCUGCAUGAUCGUUAUGGCCACCUGGUUGCCCUGUACGCCAAAUUCCUGUUCCUGAAAAUGGAAUUUCACUCCAAGCACAAGGUGAUCCCAGGCAACCUGGAGGCCAGCGAUGAGACUUUGGAGAAGGAAGCAGGAAGUGACACGACCAAAGUGUUAGAUAUGACACAGGAGCUGCUGGACUACCUGGAUGCUGGACUGAAGAUGUCUGAGACAGCUCUGCGUCAGCUGGACGCCAACGGGGCCAAAUCCACGACUCCGGCUGGACAGUGCAGACUGACCCCCCUGAUCCCCCUCAUACUGGACUGCAGCUUCCUCUACCACUUCUCUGUCCUCUUGAUGUUCAAGCUUCACAGCCGCAUCUCUCCGGACGUUCUUCUGGGACAUCGGGAGCGCUUCCGUGAUCUGUUCACGAGCCUCACACAGUUCUUCGACAGAGCCAGAGAAAUGGAGUUCUUCAAAAGUGUCAUCCAGAUCCCAGACCUCCCGGACGCUCCCCCCAACUUCCUCCGAGCCGCCGCCUUGGGUGAAUAUAAGAAGCCGGUGGUGGUGCUGCCCAAAGAGGAGCAUCACGACGAGGAGGAAGCCGAGCCGCAGCCAGAGUUCAGGGAGGCCCCACAGAUGCCACAGUACUAUCUGCUCAACCAAAUGGGAGCACCUGAUGCCUCACAUGAGCAGAGGGAAUCGGAGAACGACAGUCUGAAGAGGGAACUCGAGGUGCUGAAACCAGAACUCCAGCUGAUCAAGACCGAGGCCCAGAGGUGCGUGACUGAACUGAAGGCUCAGGUGAACCGCCUGGAGGCCGAAGUCGAGGACCAGCGCACCCACAAGCAGAUAGCCAUGGUGGAAAACGAACACCUGCGGAUGGAAGUGGAGGCUCUGCGGUGCGCCAAUGUCGCCAGCGCCGGAGCUCAGAUCGGACUCAAGGAGGCAGACACUCGAGCUCAGGCGGCGGAGGUUCGCUUCACUCAGCUCAAAGAGAGACACGCUGAGCUGAUCACCAGUCACGCUGACUUAAUGAAGAAGAACGCCGACACGGUGAGGCUGCUGUCGAGCACAAAACAAGAGCAAGACGAUUUGCUGAGAUCCAGACAGAAACUGGAAAACGAGUUGGAAAGUUUACAACAGGAGAAAAGAAACAUGGUGAAUCAGCGACAGGAGGAGGUUCAGCGCCUGAACCAAGAGCUGCUGGAGCAAAGAGCAGAGCUGGCUCUCCUUCGCAGUUCUCUGGACAACAAAGAGAAGGAGGGAUCUCAGGUGAGCAGCAGCCUGGCAACUCUGCAGGCCGAGCGUGAUGUGCUGCUGCGCUCCGCCAAAGAGAAAGACGCUGAGAUUUCCUCUCUGAGACAACAGGCUCAACAGCAGCAGAGCUCGCUGGACCUGGACAGAGACAGACUGACCCGAGAGCUGGAGGCUCUGAGGGCUCAGCUGCAGCAGCAGCUCGCCAUCAACGCGGAGCAGAAGUUGGAGAUCGACAGGCUGAAACGGGAGCUGGACUCGACGCGAGCCGAGCUGGCGCGUGCCAACGGCGUCCUGCAGAGCAGAGAGAUGAGUGGCAACCAGCUGAGCAGCGCACUAGCAGGGCUGCAGGUGGAGAAGGAGGCGCUGCUGCGCUCGGUGAGGGACCAGGAGGCCGAGCUGAACUCCCUCAGGCAGCAGGCUCAGCUCCACCAGAGCUCCCUGGAGCAGGAGAGGCACAGGAGCAGCAUGGAGCUGGGAAGCCUACACGCUCAGCUACAGCAACAGGCCUGCCAUGAAGGCGAGCUGGCCCACAAGCUGCAGGAGGAGCAGUUCAGCCUGCUGCAGUGUGCUGUGGUGGAGGCGGAGGGAAUCAUACUGGAUGCUGUGGCCAAACUGGACGACCCCAUACACGUGUGCUGCAUCAGCUCACCUGAUUAUUUGGUGAAUCGAGCUGAAAUCACGUUGGCUUCUGUGGAUAAAAUGCAGCAGAGUCACAUGGUCUACCUGGGCAACAGGAACGAUGCCAGCGGUUUGUUGCGAGCCGUCACUCAGUUCUCCCAUCUCGCCGCCGACACCAUCGUCAACGGAGCGGCGACGUCACACUCCGCUCCCACCGACCAGGCUGACUGGUUAACUGACAGCUGUCGGGACUGCGCUAACAGCUGCCUGCUGUUCCUGAAGGACCUGAAGCUUCAGGCCACUUUAGCGAGAGCAGAUCCGUCUGCAGUGCGCUACACCGUCCAACGCAUCCUCGCUUUGGGACAGGAUUUACGUCCAAAAGGGCAAGAUGUGCUGAAAGAGGAGCUGGGAGACAUGGUGGACAAAGAGAUGAUUGCAACAUCGACCGCCAUUGAAGAGGCUGUCCUGCGAAUGGACGAGAUAAUGACUCAGGCCAAGAGAGACACGAGUGGCGUUAAGCUGGAGGUCAACCAGAGUAUCCUGGGAUCCUGCUCAGACCUCAUGAAGGCCGUUCACAUGCUGGUGACAGCUGCCACUGACCUACAAAAGGACAUCGUGGAAGGAGGACGGGGGGCAGCAUCCAUCACAGAAUUUUAUGCCAAAAACUCUCGGUGGACCGAAGGACUCAUCUCUGCCUCCAAAGCUGUGGGCUGGGGCGCCACUCAGCUGCUAGAGUCAGCUGACCGGGUUGUGGGUGAAAACGGCAGAUACGAGGAGCUCAUCGCCUCCUCGCACGAGAUCGCUGCGAGCACCGCACAGCUGGUCGCUGCCUCGAAGGUGAAGGCCGACCGCAGCAACAAGAAGCUGCACACGCUGCAGCACGCCUCGCGCCAUGUGAACGACAUGGCCGCCGUGGUCGUCACCUCCACCAAACACGGGCAGCAGCAGAUCUCCGACCAAGGCAUAAUGGACUUCUCCGGCAUGUCUCUGAUCAAGCUGAAAAAGGAGGAAAUGGAGGCUCAGGUGAGGGUUCUGCAGCUGGAGAACGAGUUGGAGCAGGAGCGAGUCCGUCUGGGGGAGCUGAGGAAGAGGCACUACGAUCUCGGCGACUCUGAGGCCGCUGGCGACGACGCCGCGGACGGAGCCGACAGCUUCCCGCCGCCGCCACCGCCAACUCUGCUCGACUCCACUCCCGUGCCUCAGUCUUUCUCCCAGACACAGCCGUACCUCAGCACCCAGAGCUUUGCAAAGGCCAGUCCCCUGGCACCGGCUCAAACACAGCCCUACUCGCUGCCUCAGUCUUACACACCAUCACACACCUACUCACAGGCCCAAGCCUACACGCCUCCUCAGUCUUACACGCCUCCUCAGUCUUACACGCCUCCUCAGCCCUACACGCCUCCUCAGCCUUACACGCCUCCUCAGCCCUACACGCCUCCUCAGCCCUACGUUCCUCAGACCUACACCUCCUCCCAGCCUUACGUCCCGGCUCAGCCUUACACACCAAACCCAAGCCAAAGCUACUUAAAACCCCAGUCCUACUCUCUGUCACAGCCCUCGUCACACACAUCCAGCCUCUCCCGUCCUCAUUCUCCGUCUCCGUCCCAGGCGACCCCGCAGAACGCCACAGAGCCGUCAACGAAGCCGGCGUCAAAGAAAUCCAACAUCUUCAUCAAAUCUGGCAACCUGCUGAAGAACGCGUUCAAACGAGGUGAAACUGGAACAGGAGAAUCCUGAAGUCUUACUGAAGAACAAUCUGACAUAUGCUGGAAAUGUAAACCUCUUGUAAUGUGUUAAAAACACUGAUUUGAAUCUGGCUGUGGAAGAACGUUGCAAACGCAGCACGUCAUACAUAAAACUGUUGUAUUUCAGAUAAAUGUGCAAAUUAAACAUCGACAUAAUGUUUUCCAGUUUAUUUUUGUAAUAAUCCUGAAGCUUUUAUUAUGUUACUACUUGCUGUUGUACGCUGAGUUGGUUGAUUAAAGAUCAUAAAAUCAUGCGAGGCAGGA